GAAAAGGAGUUCUUGUUGAUUAUUUAUUGAGCACUUGUCUGACGGAUCAGGCGGGUUCAAAGCCCUUCCCGGCGUUUGAAUACUUCCCGGGGUUGAGUGGAAGUACGUGCCCAUCUGCGCUUCUUUUCCCUGCUUACGCGGCUCUUUGCUAGAAGUCCGUGUGUUGCUGCUGUCCGCAGCCGCCUUCCACCAUUCCCGCGUCUGAGGCUGGGGAGACGCUGAGCUCUGUCAUGCAUUUGGAUACCUCAGGAAUAAAAUCGUUAAAAAAAUGUCCCCUGCUGCCACAUACGAGACGGCACCAGGCACAUCUUAGGGGUGAAAGGCAGCCGGGAACCUCUCGGCAUCUCCAUCCCUGUGGAUCCCUUCAGCCAAGUGCCAGCUGCAGGGACCCGGGGCGGUGCCCGCUGGCUCCAGGGUGGGGCGUUGCUGAGCAACAGGGACAGCACAUUGUCCUGUCACCCAUCACCCACCCGUGUGAUCACUCCGGUGGUUGUUUCACUGGUGGCUGGAUCGCUUUUUGCGGUUGGCUCGUUUUCUGCGGUUGGAUCACUUUUUUCGGUUGGUUUACUCUCGGCGUUUGGAUUUCUCUUGGCGGUUGGAUCUCUCUUGGCGUUUGGCACACUCUUGGCUUUGGCUCACUCUUGAUAUUUGGAUCACUCUUGGCGUUUGGCUCACUCUCGGUGACUGGAUCACUCUUGGCGGUUGGAUCACUCUCUGCGGUUGGAUCACCCUUGGUAUUUGUUCACUCUCGGCAUUUGGAUCAAUUUUUUGGCAAGGAGGAGGAAGCUGCCGGCUGACCAUCCCUCACAGCCUCCCAGGCCCCUCCAGGCAGAAAGGCUCCAGUCCCCCCAGAUCAGGCUCCGUAUUUUCUGCGGGAUGGCAGCGAUGGCCCCGCUCACCCUGUCCCAACUGCUGGAUGUUGCCAUCGGGACAUCUGGCGAUGGGGCUGUGGACCUGCCGUCGCUGCACAGGCUGCUGCAGUCCAUGCUGGGACACCUGGGACUGCAGGACCUGCCUGUUCUGGAGCCGGGGCACAGACCAACCGCCCUCCUGGGAGGACACCAGGCCACCAAGGACCAGCCUGGCCUGGAGAAGGAGGAGGACAGGGCCCAGGGCACAGGGCAGCAGCCCCGGGAGCCGGAGGAGCACCUGCCCGGGAAGGAGCUGCUGCAGGGGACCACCAGCAGCUCCCAGGUCACCUCCUUGGCCAACGACGUGGGGCAGAUGAAGAUCGCAGCCAACAAGAGCAGCAUCUCCAAGGAGAGCACUGGGGGCCAGUCUGCCCCUGCCAAGCCCCCCCAGUUGGACAUGGACCAGCAGCGUGGGGCAAGCUCAGCCCUGGGGCCGAAGGGACCAGGGACAGAGCCUGUGCCCAGGACCAGCAAGGGGACUCCAGGGACACAGCCUGCUGCCCUGUGGAUGCAAGAAGGGGCGCAGAGCACACCAGCGCCCCCUGAGAAGUCGGCAGGGACCACCUCACCGACAACAUGUCCCCUUGGCCCGUUCCCUAUAGGCCAGCAGAGCUUGGCCCACAUCCUGGCCGACAUCCAGACCCAGGUGUCCUCCCUGCACGGCUGGAUGUCCUCCCUGCAGGGUAUGGACUACGAGCUCCAGCACGUGAAGCAGGAGGUCAGGCAGCUGGAGGAGGCCUUUGGAAAGCUGGGGCUGGCUGGAGCCGACGGGAAAGCGGGCAGCAGCCACCAGAUCCCCCUGCAGCUGGGGUCUGCACGGCAGGAGAUGAUCCAGGCCACACUGGAACAGUUGGUGACCAAGAGGACCCAGCAGCUGCAGGAGCAGGUGGACGAGCUGAGAGCCAUAGUGGAGAGCGCAGGGCAGGAGCUGGCAGGGGGCAUCUUGGACACCAGGGUGCAGCUGGCCCAGCUGGUCCAGCACGUCGUCACCAGCCAAGUAAGCCGGGUCUGUGGCCACGGGGCAGCCAGCCCCACUUUGCACAGCACCACCGUGACAUAUUCCUCCCUGCAGCAGGAUGGGCAGCUGUUGAACCACCUCCAGGCCUGCGUUGCACAGGUGCAAGGGGACUGUGACAAGCUCAGGAUUGUCCUCAAGGGCCUCCUGGAUCACCGUGGCCAGGAGCAGAAAUCCAUCGAGGCUCUGUCGCGGUGGGUGGAGAGGCUGGAGAUGGAGAAAGCGGACAAGGAGGAGCUGCUGCUGGGAAUCGAUGCGAAAGCUGACAAAACCUCCCUGGCCGGCAAAGUCAGCCAGAGCCAGUUUGAGGCAAGCGUGGAGCAGCUGAAAGAGAAGAUGGAGGAGUUGACGAGCCGGGUGGCAGGCCAGGAGCAGGGCUGGCACCAGGUCCAGCGACAGCUCAGGGAAGAGAUGGACUCCAAGCUGGACCGCCUGGAGCUGGGGCCGUUCCGGCAGCAGCUGGAGGAGCAAUGGAACAGCCUCCAGGAGCAGCUGGAGGAGAAGGUGUCGCAAGCAGCGGCUGGUGAGGCGGCUGGGAUCAAGAAGCAGCUGCUGGCCCAUUUCCAGAGCUUGUCCUGCGACCAGCCCCUCAGCAUGCUGGUGCCUGGCCCGGAGCAGACAGAUGAGUGCCAGCACCCGCCUGUGCCGCCGAGCUGCGGGGACCAGCACACCGUCACCCCCCCGCUGCAGCACUGCCUGCAGCCGCACCCACCCAGCACCCCGCGGCCACUCCAGUCCUUCGCUCGGCUCCACAGCAAGCUCAGGGUGACACAGGUAGGGUUACAGUGGCGGUGUCUGAGGCUGGAAUGGGGAUCUGUGCCUCAGUUUCCCCAGGGAGAGCUGUCUGUGGGAGGGUUGUUGGGGAUGCCGAAUGGGGCCCCGUGUUUCAGCCAGCCCGCUCUCUCUUUCCCAGCACAAGAUGACGGAGCUGUUGGACAAGGACAGACGCAGCUCCAGGGACCGGCAGGAUGGACAGCUGCCUGUGCUGGAGGGCAAAGAAGGCACCACCGCCUCCUCGGAGCACAAGUCGGCCUCAUCCCUCGUCUCCCGGGCACCGGGGCUCUUGCCGGCUCUCCAGCCCCCACAGGAUGCAUCGGCACCCCGAGAGCCGGGCAGGACUCGGGGUCCCCGGCUGCUCCAACCGCUCCAGCCCCCACAGGACGCAUUGGCACCCCGAAAGCCAGGCAGGACUGGGGGUCCCCGGCUGCUCCCGCCCCUCCGGCCCCAGAGGGAAGCAUCGGCACCCCCAGAGCCAGAGAAGACUGGGGGUCCCCGGCUGCUCCCGCCCCUCCGGCCCCAGAGGGAAGCAUCGGCACCCCCAGAGCCAGAGAAGACUGGGGGUCCCCGGCUGAAGCCUCCCCGCACCCGGCACUGAGCAAAAGAGGAAGCACUGCCGGGCAGCACCAAUAAACAGUGAUGGGCAGCCAAGCGCCAGCGUGGUCUGAGUGUGGGGGCCCCGGUCAGGAUCUUCCCCUCAGGCACCAGGAGGUGCCGGCAGCGUCCCUCGUCCUGCGGCCACUGUCGCCGGAGGAGCUGAGCACAGCCCCCGUGCCACCCCCUGCCCAGGUCUGCGCCGCCCUGUGCUGCCGCGCUCCCCCUGGCCCCCCUGGCCUGCCCAGCGCUGUUUGACCCCUGCCAGGUGUGCUGGUGGCCCCAAAGGGGCUGUGCGGGAGCCAGGGGUGCAGCAGGAGGAUGCUGCUCACUUGGUGCCAUUGGUGGGAUGCAGCCCCGUGGGACACAAUCAAAAGCAGAGAGGUUCAUGGCUGCGUCCCCUGGUGCCCACGCUGGGCUGCAGUGAUGCGGCAGGUCGGAGGUGAAGCCAGAAAGUCAAGUCAGCAAGGCACGGGGAGAAUCAGCCCGGUCCACGGCUGGGCACUGGCUUCUGUGCAAGGCAAGGACCAAAGGCAAGGAUCUAAGCACAAACGCAGCUCCCGAGCAAAGCAGGGGCAGCUCCAGUGCAGGCUCCACACAGCUCCUUCUCCUUGACUACUUUUCCAGCGCCUCCUUGCCGUGGGCUUGUAGCGCCAUGUGUGCCAAGAGCCGCGUUCCUUUCUGUGGGAAGAACCCAGACUCGUGUCCUACUGAAGUGACGACAAACCCAGUGCUAUGGUCUGGGCUCUGCUCGGUGUGCACGUACACAGUCUUUGCUCCGAGGACUGCUGCGUGCAAGGAAGAAAG